AUGUUCGGUGCUGUGUGCUCAGGCAGACCCAUCCAAUUGGCGGAGCAGGUCGAACCCACAAAAUACGUCGUCACCGUGCCCAAUGCCAGCAACAUCAACUUCAUCACCAUCUUCCUCCUUCCCAACUCCGAGUUCGUGGAUGUCAACUACACAGCAUUGAUCUACUUCAAGUUGCCCUCGCAAGAGUUCCAAUUGUUGGGAGGCAUAAACCCCAACAAGCCUUCAGCCAUCUACAGAUUGAACAACAAGUCGGGGCUGGCCAACAGGGGCUCCAACGGAGACGAAAUGAACAUCGACGACUCUUCCAUCAACUACAAUGAUCCCACCACCAUCCAGAUCGGAAUAUCUAUAGAACCAACGCCACAAGCGGAAGUACUAUUGACGCAACAACGAGAAAAGUCAGCUAGUGCAUUGGUGCCAGCCAAGCCUGCUGCCCCCAACUCUGCAAAUGACAUAGCAGCGUUGGGAAACAAGAUCGUGGGCCAUGCAUACAACUAUUUGGGUAGUUUCAUUGACGAAGCAGGAAAAGUCCCCAUGAAGGCGUUUGAUAACUGGUGGGAUAAGUUCAAAACUAAGUUGGCUAACAACCCCAAUUUCUUGGACACCUUGCAAUAG